GUAGUACGCGCAAACCAAUUUAAUUUUUAUCUUUCUAUUUCUGUAAAAAGUAAAAUUUUAUGGGUUUUAUGCAAACCUUUCCCGUUCACUGUUGUUGCUCUUAGCAAAUUGCCGGUCAAACCCAAAUUUAUCAGUUUCCAUUCAUCUGUUUCACCAGCGAUUUCUAUCCCCAUCAAAGUACAGGUUGGGGAUGAAUUCUUUGAGAUGGUGCAGCAGUUGCACUCAACGUACACCAGUUGCCAGAACUGAUUUGGGCUUGAUAUGUUGCACUGUUUGUGGGAAGGUUGUUGAGCAAGAUAUAUAUUCAAAUGAGCCUAGUUUUGUUAAAAAUCAAGCAGGGCAGAGUCAGUUGGCUGGAAAUUUUGUAAGGACUGUACAAGCUGAGGAAGGAGCUUCACGAGAAAGAACGCUAAAUAGGGCCUAUGAUGACAUCACUCACAUGGCUGAAAGCUUGAGUGUGGAUGGUGGAGACCGAAUAGUGCGUCCUGCAGUACGAUUCUAUGAAAUUGCGCUUGACAAGAAUUUCGUGCGGGGACGUCCACGUGAUCUAGUUCAAGGUGCUUGUCUUUACAUUGCAUGUCGGGAUAACGACAAACCCUUCCUUCUUAUUGAAUUUUCCGAGUUCUUGCGAGUCAAUGUUUAUGUGUUAGGUGCUGUAUUUUUGCAGCUGUGCAAAGUAUUGCAUCUUCAAGAACACCCAAUUGUCCAAAAACUAGUAGAUCCCAGUUUGUUUAUUCAUCGGUUCGCAAAUGGUUUGCUGGGAGAGACGAACCUUGAGGUCGAGAAGACUGCUUUACGGAUUAUGGCCAGUAUGAAACUAAAUUGGAUGCAGACAGGAAGAAAACCUAGUGGCUUAUGUGGGGCAGCACUGUACAUAUCUGCUCUUUCGCACGGUUUCAAGUUUUCAAAGACACAAAUAGUAAAGGUUGUUCAUAUUUGUGAAGCCACAUUGACCAAGAGGUUAAUUGAAUUUGAGGAAACAGAAUCAGGCUGCCUUACGAUAGAGGAAUUCAACCAAAAAGCUUUGGAACUUGAGGAAUGCUCUAGUGCAAUAAAAUACAUAAGCUCUGAGAGUAGCAUGUCUAAAGAUAAUUUGCUUUGUAAACAUAAGGAUACUGGUGAGCCUCAUUUCGCUCAUGGGCUUUGUAAAUCUUGUUAUCAAGAGUUUAUAAGAAUUUCAGGAGGUCUUUGUGGGGGCUCAGAACCUCCAGCUUUCCAGCGUGCUGAGAGAGAAAGAUCAGCGAAGGCAUUGGCAAAUGAAAUGUCUGCUAAUACUCUUUUGGAACCUGCCCGUGUGGAGAACAGUUUAAAAAAGAUGGAGAAAGAAGAAACACUUGGUGCUGAUGGCAUUGAUCAAACAGCUGCAGCAGGAGCAAAAGAUCGGCAUGAGGAUGUAGACAGUGUUAUUGAGGAUUCUAGAAAAGCUGAUUACAUAGAAGAUGAGGAACCAGAAAACCUUUCUGACAUUGAUGAUGAUGAGGUUGCUGGCUACUUGCAUAAUGAAGAGGAGCAGCGCUUAAAGAAGAUGAUUUGGGAGGAUUUAAAUCGGGAGUACCUUGAGGAACAAGCAGCUAAAGAAGCAGCUAAAGCUGCUAAGGAAGCAAUGAUGGGCAACUUUGAGAAUUGCUCGGCAGAGAUGCUUGAGGCCAAAAAACUAGCUGAAGAAACUGCUGCAAAUUAUGAGAAGUUGAAAAAGGGACGUCAACGAAAAAGAGCUGCUGAAGCAAAGAACGCUAAAACUGCUGCAGAAGCAGCUCAUCUAAUGUUGUUGAAAAAGAGAGCAUGUUCGAAACUCAACCAUGACAGAUUGAAGGAACUGUUUGAUGAACCUAUAGUUCCUGAUACUUCAAAGAAGAGUGAGACGGAAACCAACGUAGAAAAGAAUGAGUUAUCAAGUAGCAAAACUGAAGUUGAAACAGCAAAUGAGAACGAAUCAGAUGCUUUGGAUGAAUACGGAGAAAUGAAUCAUCACGGAGAUUACCAAGAUGAUUCAUAUUACAACGAAGAGGAUGAAACUUUUGAUGACGGUUUGUUCUGAAAGCACCCGCUUCACUUGGUAAUUGGUUUUCUAGAAUCUAGACUAGCUUAUAAUGGUUUUCUAGAAUCUAGACUAGCUUAUAAGGUCGUCAUUGUUUUAGAAUAGAAGUAUUAUUCUUUGCCCUAUGGAAAAAUAAAUGAGCGUGAAUGAGGUUUGAAUAUUUUAAUAUAAUACAAUAGUCUUUCUUUGAAAGAUGAUGUAAAGGUUUGAACUCUGAAUCUCUUAGUUGUAAGAACAUUGACUUACCACCAAGCCAUUUAUUAUUAUAUGAUUCUCAAAUAUAUUAUGAUAUCUAUACAUUACAACACUA